AAAGACAACAACUCCCAUAGUGCAACGCGGACCGAUUAGCGGACCAACCCCGUCGCUUCUACAGACGUAUGCGCUGUGACUGCCCCCAAACGGCCAAGUGGAGAAAAUGCACCGCACGCCACCACAUCAGAGGGGCUUUUGAGCGGUGAAGCCCGAGAGGUGGAAAGAUGGUGUAGCCCAUUAUGUAUCGAAGCUGUCCUCCUUCAAGAUGUUCCCCGGAGUUUUCUAUGCACUGCUGGCGGGUUUCCUCGCGGCCGUGGCGUCGUCGUCGGCCAAGCUGUCCCUAGGAGCGGACUACCUGAAGGGAGUGUGCGAGACGGGGAUCCGGACGUGGGGCGAGCAGCGGAGAUUUCGGCAAGUGGACGAAACUACCGCCUGCGAUCGGCUUCACAUCCCUCUGAGGCUGCUGUGUGGCGGACUGCUUUUCACCUGCAAUGCUGUGAUGUGGACCUUCCUUGCCAAAGCACUCAGGUACUCCUCCUCCUCCACCCAAACCACUGUGACCACCACUGCCUCCAACUUGGUAUCUUCCGCUUUCCUGGGCCAGCUGAUCUUCGGUGAGGCCCAAAUAACACUGUGGUGGGUCGGGAUCUCCCUGACGUUCUCUGGCCUGCUCGUACUGCAGAGGGUUUCGCCGCAGGAUCGACAACCCAGCGCGGUCGCCAAGCGAGAUGAAUGACAGUUUCAUCUCCACUUAACUGUGUUCAGCCUGAUUCGGUUCUUCUCAUACAUAUGCUUUGAAUAGCUUCUAAGUCUAAUUUCCCAUCACGCCAAAGAACCAUCCUAUGUCAGAGAAUGUUUUUUUAAAUGUGUCUAUUGAUGAAAUCUAUCAAAUACAGGGAAACAAACCAAAAAAAAAAAAAAGUGAUUUUGUUUUGACUCUUGCUAAAACAUAAAAAAUACAUUCAAAAUUAACGUCUGCGCCUUGUUCAACAGGAGUCUAAUUAGCAUGGUCAUUAUUGGUCUGAAUGGGUACAAGACGGGCUAGCAGUGACAAGGUACAUCUUAAUAGCUAACAAUCAAAGAAAAAAAUACAAAUAUAUUUAUAAUA